GGAGAAUUGAAGCGCUCGGCGGGAUUGUCCCCUUGGGCAGGCCGGUUUUUAGUCGCGAUCGGACGAUCGGAUCCUCGCGUUCGCUAUGAUCGAUCCACAGACAUCGAGGCUCGUUUGCUCGGCGGCAUUUUUUCCGCCGCUGCAUUGUCAAUUGUGUAUCUGACAUCUGAGCAAAAUAUCUCCCCCGGCUGUGUGUUCCGAGUGCAGUGCAGUGAAUGAACCGAAUUUUUAGAUUGGCUAAUUGCUGCACCAAUCAUGGUGUCGUUUCGAGUUUUUCUCAUUUUGGAAAAAAUCUACGUAGUUUUGUGUUUGGUCGUGUCGUUCUUUGAGUUUGGAGUUUUCCUGCUGCAGUUUAUCAACUCGAAUGGCCGGUUUCCCGAAACGUUGAGGAAUUUCUCCGUUAUGCUACUGAGCGUUGUUUCUGUGAUUGCUUGUCUGUAUCUUAGCUAUGGAGUUAGUAAGAAAAACAUUAUAGUCGUGAAAGGAUACAUUUGGUAUUUUGUGGUGAAAUUCAUCCUGUACUACAUACUUGCCAUGUACACAAUUUACUACUUUGGACGAGAUAAGCCAGACGUGAACGUAAACUUUUGGUUCAUCAGCACGACUGCCGUUACGUUUUCACAUUUUUACUUCAUAAUCUGGAUGUUAUCAGCAAUUAUUCGAAAUAUUGAAGCAAAUCGAGUAGUAGAAAUAGACAGCGACGCUUUGAAAACUGCACAACUCCUCAAAUGGAAUCAAAGUACUUCAGUUUGAGCGUAACAACAAUAGGCAUUUGACUUAGUUUAAGUAAAAUAGAUUAGCAUCGUAGGAAUAUAAACUCAAACUUGAUGUUUGUCAGUGAUCAAUAAAUGACAGUGUUAAUU